UGAAGUUUCAUAAUUUUAGGUUAGGUCUGUUAUUUUUCAAAAACGUGAUAUACGUAUAAUUGUGCAACAUUUCGUGUUAAAACGAAGCAUUAAUUGCGAUGGCUUUUCGUGUACAAUUCGAAAAUAAUAAUGAAAUAGGCGUCUUUUCCAAGCUAACGAAUUCGUACUGCCUGGUAGGCAUCGGCGGAUCUGAAAAUUUCUACAGCGUCUUCCAGGGCGAACUGGCCGAAACCAUACCGGUAAUACACGCCUCGUUGGCGGGCUGUCGGAUAAUCGGCCGAAUGAGUGUCGGUAACAAACACGGACUGCUCGUACCGAGCAGCACGUUCGACACAGAACUGCAGCAUCUUCGCAAUUCGCUACCUGAUAAAGUCAAACUGCAAAGGAUCGAGGAACGUCUGUCCGCCUUAGGCAACGUUAUCGCAUGUAAUGAUUACGUAGCGCUUGUACAUCCGGACAUUGACCGGGAAACCGAGGAAAUCAUCGCGGACACACUACAAGUGGAGGUUUUCCGGCAGACUAUCGCCAACAACGUUCUCGUGGGCUCUUACAGCGUUUUAAGUAAUCGAGGGGCAUUAGUACAUCCGAACACGUCUCUAAGUGACCAGCAGGAGCUGUCCACUCUUCUACAGCUUCCUUUAGCGGCAGGGACCGUCAAUCGUGGCAGUACAGCAGUCGCUGCUGGCAUGGUAGUAAACGACUGGUGCGCCUUCACCGGCAUGGAUACCACUUCGACCGAGCUGACGGUGAUCGAGUCGAUAUUUCGUCUCAACGACGCUAAUCCGAGUGCUAUUGCUUCGACCAUGCGCGCGACAUUAAUCGAGAGUAUGACCUAAUGAGGGGGAUAAUUUAAGUUAAUUGUAAAUAAGACGCUUUUUAUAUCGUACGCCUAAUUAAUAAAUCUUAUCUUUUUCCUCUC